AUGAGCCGGAACGUAACUGAAGAAAGUGUAGGUUGCACACGUUUUGCAAACGAAAGUUCGGGUUUUGAUGGAAUUAUAAAGCAUAAAUAUUCUGAUUUCCAUGUCCACGAAAUUGAUCCAAAUGGAAAAGUAAUUUAUCUCAAAUCCACAGAACCUCUUCCUAGAGCACAGUAUCCUGCAGGAUUUGAGCGUUGGUUAAAGUCAUCCCAGAAAUCAUUCUCGUUCAAAAUUGAGUCUGAGCAGCAAAUUGCUUUAAUUUUCAUGGAGCAUCCCGAACUUCAUGUAAAAAGGAUUGGCACCCAAGCAACAAUCGAGCAUGCUGAGAAGAGGAGACCUCAAUUCGAGAUCACUCGCUUCACUCUUUUCAAAGAAAACGUGAAUCAACAAGAAGCGAUGGCCAAAAUUUUGGCAAGGCUAAACAUCACACAAAACCAACUUGGAUUUGCCGGAAACAAAGAUAAGAGAGCCGCAACAACACAAUAUGUCACUGUCCGUGAUGUUCCCCUCCAGAAAGUUGUUAAAUCUCUUUCAAAUCUCGAUAAAGUAACAUGUGGCGAAUUUUGCCAUGUCACAAGUCCACUCAAGCUCGGAGAUUUGUCAGGAAACAGAUUCACAAUUGCCAUCAGAGGUCUGAAGAUCGGACAAAAAGAAUUGGAUGAAAAAAUCAAAUCAAUCCAGAAAAGUGGUUUUAUUAAUUAUUAUGGCAUGCAAAGAUUCGGCACAGGAGAAACAGCGACACAUAAGAUUGGUAUACUUAUUAUACAAGGAAAGUAUGAUGCAGCUGUUGAUGCAAUCAUGAACCCUGUUGAAGGUGAAGAACAGAGAAUUCAUGAAGCGAAAAUUGCUUUCCAAAGAAGUGAUUUGGAUAAAGCAAUGGAAUUAUUGCCACAUUCUGCAGUUGCUGAAAGGAAAAUUGUUGAAGCAGCACAUGAUACUAAUAAGAAGUAUGAGAUGUUCAAGGCUGUUGAUAGAAGACAAAGAAUGAUGUAUGUUCACGCUUAUCAAUCUUAUAUCUGGAACAAAUGUGCUUCAAAAAGAGCUGAAAAAGGUUUCAAAGUUCUUGAAACAGAUACUGUUGAAUAUAAAGGUAAGAUUAAAGAGCCAACAAAGAAAAGUGUCCUCCAAGAUGUCGUAAUUCCUUUGUGCGAAGGUGAUACAAAGGAUAAGAUGAUCUUGGAUAUGAUGAAAGAAGAUGGUGUUACAACAGAAAUGUUCAGGAAAAUCGCAAAAGAAUACGGAAUUAACACCGAAUACAGGAAAUUCAUGGCUUUUGCAAAGGAUAUCGAAUAUUCUAUUGUCAAACAUGAUAAUCCUGAUGUUCAGUUAAUUAAUAAUGAUGUUGAACUCCUUAAUAAUCCAAAAUUAUCAAGAGUUGCAAAGAACACUGGAAAUAAGAACUCAUCUGCUGUUAUUUCCUUCUCGCUUGGGUCAGGAGAAUAUGCAACAAUGUUCCUAAGAGAAUUAAUGAAAAGAUCUACUGAAGUUUUCACGGAUCAGCAAAAAUCACUCGAAGCUGAUUUCGAUGAAGAUAUAGAAUAA